AUGAACCUUCGAGAAGAGAGUCAGAGAGAGAUGAGCAACAAGAAAUGGAGGGAAAAAAAGAAAGUGUCUCUAUUUUGGGAUCCAACGAUUGUAUUACUCUCAGUUUUCUCUCAUUUCCUGAGCAGCGGCGAUGUCCUCGGCAGAUCUGACGGUUCUGACACCUUCGCCACAGCUGUCGACGGCUGCGACAACGUCUUCCACGUGGCCGCGGUGGCGGACUUCGAGGAGAGAGAGAGCGAGGAGGUGAAGGCCCGGCGGGUCGCCAUCGGAACCCGGGCCAUUCUACAGGCAUGCGGCGCCGUUAAUCCUUCAGCUCGAUCUGGCGCCCCCGCCGCCGUUAACGAGAGCUCGUGGGCCGACGUGGAGUUCCUGAGGUCGCUGCGGAUGUUUGUCGAGGCUUAUGUGGUGACGAAUACGGCGACCAAGAAAUUGCCUCCGGAAUUUGGGGAGAAAUAUGGAUUGGAUGUGGUGGUCGUGCUGCUGUGGUGGGUCGUCGAGCCCUUCAUCUGUCCAUGCUGCCCCGAUUCCAUUCAAGGAGAUGGUGGAUCUGCAGGCCCCAAUCCGAGCCAUACACCCAUGAGGCCACGGAAACAGCGGGAAGAAGGACCACCAGCCCUGACUCGGUGGAAGCCGGCCCCGACGACGCAGAUGUUGGUUUCCGGUGAAGGAGGGGCAGCAAAGAUUAGGGAUCUGGACUUGUUUUUGCCAAGAGAGUGGCUAAGAGUGAGGAAGGAGUUGUCUCCACUUGAUGCAGCAGUUCUCAUUCAGAAGAGUUUUAGGGCUUAUCUCAACCAGACGUCUCAGGCUCUAUGUUCACUUCGUGAGAUGGCCGUUGCCAAGGCCAAGUUGAAGGAGAUGAAGGGUUUCUUCCACAACUUCUCCUGCCGCCGCCUUCCGGCUCAUGAUACUGAAGUCAGAUGGAAUUAA